ACGGCGUUGUCUGCAAAAACAGAACAAGUCUGGAGGAGCCGAGAAAGGUCAGCUCUGUGAGCCAACAGAAUCCAGCUCUCUGUUUCGUGUGGAGUGACGGUCACUGCGGUAUUUGGCUCUUUUGCCAUGAUCUCUGCACAGCAGCCACCAUUCCCCAAUCAAAUUCAAAGAACAAUGGACUGCCAAUCUGAGGAGGAAGAAACCUGUGAAGAGCAGUAUGACUCUGAAAACUGCACUUGCAGCUCUGAGCAUGCAGCAUCUGACACAGGCUCACCAGUAACUCUUAAAAUACUGCAGAACUGGGUUCCUAGAGUUUCACACUACUUUGAUAAGGAGCACUACACGUACGUUGGCCACCAGAUUGUCAUUCAGGAGUCUAUAGAACACUUUGGAGCUGUGGUAUGGCCAGGGGCACUGGCUUUAUCUCAGUAUCUGGAAUCAAAUCAAGAACAAUUCAACCUCAAAGACAAAAAGGUUUUGGAAAUUGGUGCUGGAACAGGCUUGCUUUCCAUUGUGGCCUGUAUCUUAGGGGCUCAUGUUACAGCUACUGAUUUGCCUGAAGUUCUUGAAAAUCUCUCAUAUAAUAUUUCAAGAAAUACACAGAACUUGAAUAUGCACAAACCUGAAGUGAGAAAACUGGUAUGGGGAGAAGGCCUCAAUGAAGACUUUCCUAUGUCAACUUACCAUUAUGAUUUCAUACUGGCAACUGAUGUUGUGUACCAUCAUGGAGCUCUGGAUCCCCUGCUAGCAACAAUGGUGUACUUUUGUAAGCCAGGAACAGUAUUACUCUGGGCAAAUAAAUUCAGAUUCAGUACAGACUACGAAUUUUUAGAAAAAGUUUGCAGUGUAUUUAACACAACCAUCCUAGCAGAAUUUCCAGAAUCAAAUGUCAAGCUGCUUAAAGCCACAGCAAGAAAGAAUUAAAGAGAAAACUAUUAAUGAUCUCGAUUUAGCAGCAGCACCUCACAGAUUGGAAUGCUUUCCAAGAUUAUGUUGCACCAUCUGUGCAUUUAUGGUUGUAAAGUUGCAGUUGCAUCUAAGUUUUGCAUUGCAAGUAGAAAAAAACCCAGCAAGGCAAAAGACAUAGCAGUUUGUCUCUGCUUGAUAAAUAUGACCUGUUCAAAUUGACCAACUCCCCUCCACUGAAGGAACAACAUUAGUAAGAAAGCUUUAACAAAAAGCAUUGAUCUUCUGGGCUGCACU